AUGAUUGGCGUAAUCGCACCAUAUCUUACAAAAUUUCAUCGAAACUAUCAGUCGAACGAUGUCAUUGAUCGGAUCAAUUAUCAGUACACUACGAUAAUUAUUGCACUUAUUGCAUUCACUCUAGCAGCUACUCAGUAUGUUGGUAAACCGAUUCAGUGUUGGGUACCUGCGCAAUUCACUGGAGCAUGGGAAAAAUACGCUGAAACUUAUUGCUUUAUCAAAGGAACUUAUUAUAUGCCUUUGGAUGAUCAAAUACCACAGGAAUAUUCACAUAGAGACGAUUCGGUCAUCGGAUAUUAUCAGUGGGUUCCAGUUGUUUUAGCAUUACAAGCAUUUCUCUUCUACUUCCCGUCUGUUGUAUGGCGUAUGUUUAAUAAUCGUACAGGCAUUAAUGUGAAAGGAAUUUUAAAUUCUGCGGCAUUAGUCAAAAAAAAGUUUGAUAAAUCAUCUCGUCUUGCGCAGGUGCAGAAUGCUGCAAAUCAUUUACGUGAUGCAUUAGAUAUGCAACAAAAUCUUCGAACAGGAACAUUUGAUUGUCAUCAAUUUGGUAAACGAAGUGGAAUUUACCUAGUUGUAUUGUACCUUUUUACAAAAGUUUUGUAUGUGGUGAAUGUAAUAUUACAAUUCGUCAUUCUUAAUGCUUUUCUUGGACCACAAUAUAGUUUCUGGGGUGCAGGUAUUCUUUCGGAUAUUUGGAAUGGAAAAGAAUGGAGCGAAUCAGGACAUUUUCCUCGGGUUACUAUGUGCGACUUUCAUGUUCGUGUUUUGGGCAAUAUUCAUCGCUGGACUGUGCAGUGUGUUCUGAUGAUUAAUAUGUUUAAUGAAAAAGUUUACAUUUUCUUAUGGUGGUGGUUUGUACUGAUUGGAAUCUUAUCAGUAUUGUCAUUACUCUAUUAUUUGCUUGCCUUAGUACUUACACCAAAUCAACGACAGUUUGUAACUCGUUAUCUACGGUGCGCUGGUGUUAUACAAGAUUUUAAAGAUGCAAAAACGGAAAAAUAUGUUCAUGAUUUUACCAGAAAGUUCUUGAGACCAGAUGGUGUCUUCAUCUUGCGUCUUAUACAGACAAAUGGUGGUGAUUUACUUGUCGGUGAAAUAGUUAACGUAAUGUUUGAACGUUAUAAAGCUCAUAUGGAAAACAGAACCUGUGAAGAAGAUAAAUCGGAAACACCAGCUGUUACCGAUAGUCCAUACUCGGAUGGCAAUGACAGUACGUUGGAAAGAUAA